GCGCUCGUGCGCCAGUCUUCUUGCAGCGGGCGCGCGGCCGGCUGCUUGUUGCAGUGCGCGGUACGAACCAACACACGCGAGUUCGCGGUCAUAGGCUCGAACGAACAUCGAAAUCGACGGUCAGUGCGGUGACCAUGAUGAUGGACAACGGGGUGAUGUCAAAUCACUACGAUGGGUCGUACGCGGAUGGGUACAUGGAACAGGAGGAGGAAUGGGAACGCGAGGGUCUGCUAGACCCGGCUUGGGAGAAACAACAGAAAAAGACCUUCACAGCAUGGUGCAACAGCCACCUUAGGAAGGCCGGUACCGGUAUCGAGAACAUCGAGGAAGAUUUCCGCAAUGGAUUGAAACUGAUGUUGCUGCUGGAGGUCAUCUCCGGCGAGACCCUGCCCAAGCCUGACCGCGGCAAAAUGCGUUUCCACAAGAUCGCCAAUGUCAACAAGGCUUUGGACUUCAUUGCCUCCAAAGGCGUGAAACUGGUGUCAAUCGGUGCUGAAGAAAUCGUCGAUGGCAACCUUAAAAUGACCCUGGGUAUGAUCUGGACUAUUAUCCUGCGAUUCGCCAUCCAGGACAUCUCAGUGGAAGAAAUGACCGCCAAGGAAGGUCUGCUGCUCUGGUGCCAACGCAAGACAGCCCCAUACAAGAACGUCAAUGUCCAGAACUUCCACCUGUCGUUCAAGGACGGUCUGGCCUUCUGUGCCCUGAUCCACAGGCACAGGCCCGACCUCAUCGACUACAGCAAACUGUCCAAGGACAAUCCUCUAGAGAACUUAAACACGGCCUUCGAUGUGGCCGAGAAGUAUCUCGACAUCCCCCGCAUGUUGGACCCCGACGAUCUGCAGAACACAGCGAUGCCGGACGAGCGUGCGGUCAUGACAUACGUCUCUUCAUACUACCAUUGCUUCUCUGGCGCACAAAAGGCUGAGACAGCCGCGAACCGCAUUUGCAAAGUUCUCAAAGUCAACCAGGAGAACGAACGCCUCAUGGAAGAGUACGAGCGUCUUGCCAGUGACCUGCUGGACUGGAUCAGGCGUACCAUGCCGUGGCUGAACAGCCGCCAAACCGACAACUCUCUUGCCGGUUGCCAGAAAAAACUGGAAGACUACCGUACUUACAGGCGUAAGCACAAGCCGCCACGUGUAGAGCAGAAGGCCAAGUUGGAGACCAACUUCAACACUCUGCAGACCAAGCUCCGCCUGAGCAACCGCCCCGCGUACAUGCCCACCGAAGGCAAGAUGGUCUCUGACAUCGCCGGAGCUUGGAAGGGAUUGGAGAUCGCCGAGAAGGCGUUCGAAGAAUGGCUGUUGAGCGAGAUGAUGCGCCUUGAGCGUCUUGACUACCUGGCCCAGAAGUUCAAGCACAAAGCCGACAUCCACGAGGACUGGACCAGAGGCAAGGAGGAGAUGCUGCAAUCUCAGGACUUCCGUCAGUGCAAGUUGAACGACAUCAAGGCUCUGAAGAAGAAGCACGAAGCCUUCGAAUCAGACCUCGCCGCUCACCAGGACCGUGUCGAACAGAUUGCUGCUAUUGCCCAGGAACUCAACACCCUGGAGUACCACGACGUGGCGAGCGUGAACGCGCGCUGCCAGCGCAUCUGCUCGCAGUGGGACCGCCUGGGCGCGCUCACGCAGCGCCGCCGCCACGCGCUGGACGACGCCGAGCGCGUGCUCGAGCAGAUCGACCUGCUGCACCUCGAGUUCGCCAAGCGCGCCGCGCCAUUCAACAACUGGUUGGACGGUACCCGGGAGGACUUGGUGGACAUGUUCAUCGUGCACACCAUCGAGGAGAUCUCCGGUCUCAUGGACGCGCACGCUCGCUUCAAGGCCACUCUGGGAGAGGCUGACAAGGAAUACCAGGCGAUAGUCAACCUGGUACACCAGGUUGAAUCCAUCGUGAAACAGCACCAGAUCCCCGGAGGCUUGGAGAACCCCUACACUACUCUCACCGCUCACGAGCUGAACCGCAAGUGGUCGGACGUGAGGCAGUUGGUGCCCCAACGCGACGGCACGCUGGCUGCUGAGCUGCGCAAGCAACAGAACAACGAGACCCUCAGGCGCCAGUUCGCCGAGAAGGCCAACGCUGUUGGACCCUGGAUCGAAAGGCAAAUGGAUGCCGUUACCGCCAUCGGAAUGGGUCUACAGGGCUCUCUGGAAGACCAACUGCGUCGCCUCAAGGAAUACGAGGCUGGAGUGUACGCUUACAAGCCACACAUCGAGGAACUGGAACGUAUCCACCAGGCUGUCCAGGAGGGCAUGAUCUUCGAGAACAGGUAUUCGCAAUACACAAUGGAAACUCUGCGCGUCGGCUGGGAACAACUUCUGACUUCCAUCAACCGCACUAUCAACGAAGUAGAAAACCAGAUCCUGACCCGCGACUCCAAGGGCAUCACCCAGGAACAGCUCACAGAGUUCCGUGCCUCAUUCAACCACUUCGACAAAAACCGCACCGGCCGCCUAGCACCCGAAGAAUACAAAUCGUGCCUGGUGUCUCUCGGCUACAGCAUCGGCAAGGACAGGCAAGGAGAACUCGAUUUCCAGCGCAUUCUCGCUGUUGUCGACCCCAACAACACAGGUUACGUGUCGUUCGAUGCGUUCUUGGACUUCAUGACAAGGGAAUCCACAGACACAGACACCGCCGAGCAAGUCAUCGACAGCUUUAGGAUCUUAGCUGGCGACAAGCCCUACAUCACGGCAGACGAGCUACGGCGCGAGCUGCCGCCCGACCAGGCGGAGUACUGCGUGGCGCGCAUGCCGCCGUACCGCGGGCCCGGCGCCCCCGCCGGAGCGCUCGACUACAUGGCCUUCUCCACCGCACUCUAUGGCGAGACUGACCUUUAGACGCAGGUCGGAGAAGUGUUAUCAUAGGACAUUGUCAUCCACGUCAUCAGUCAAGGAGGUAGCUAUGAUGGCGCGUGAUCACCGCGCUAAGUACUAACACGACGGCCCGAGGCUCCAGCGGCGACGUAAUGGCGCACAAAAAUUAUUUCCCUUACAUUGACCUACCUCUCAGAAAUCGCCCUAAACCGAGGUCAAUGUAGAGCAAAAAAUUUUUGUGAAAUAAUUUAGUCUAUAAAUAAAACAGUUCUAUAUUAAAUAUUAUUAUGUGCAAUGUUCAAACCAAAAAUGCCAUUAACUUUCAUACCAUAAAUCUCCUUCCUAAUGUUUAGUAACCUUUUGGCUCAAAUCAGAGAAAUCAUUUUAUAUGUUACAACACUCUAUUUAUACAUUAGCAUUAGGUAUUUUUAACUUUUGUAAGAAAUUCUCAGGGAAGUCACAAAAAAAUUAUUUGUAAGAUAAAAUGGUGCUAAUGUUAGGCUUGACUAAUGUGUGACACCAAAAUAAGACUCAUUUACAUUGUGAGAAUGUUUUUGUUAUAUUUUUUUUUUAUUUAUAAGCAAACAUUAUUUAUACAAGAUCAAUUUUUAUUUACUGCCAUUAGUAAUUAUAGUACUUUGAUGGUAGGCACAGUAUUGUUUUAAGUUUUCUAAAUUUAUAAAUGUUGCAGGGAAGUGUCACACAGAUUAUUUAUAUCAUAGAUUGCCAUAGCUUGCCUGCAUCUAUUUAUUUAUCAUUUUUAUAUGAUUAUCGUUGUGAGAGUAUUGGAAUGAGUACUCAAAUAAAUGAUCUGCCAUAUUUUUGUCUUUUAAUAAUGACUGCGUUGUUAAUCCAACCAAUUAUGUUACAAUGAGACAGCAGCGGUAUGUAGAAUAAGAAUGACUUAUGUGCCCAAAAGUAUACUAACUCGAAUGUACAGCUACUUUAAUAAAGAGCUCUUAAACAA